AUGGCUUCCGCUUAUUACGAGUUUUACCGGGGUUCCUCCAUCGGAAUGGCUCUGACAGAUUCGCUCGAUGAGCUCAUUACCAGCGGUGCGAUUACACCGCAACUUGCGAUGAAGGUUCUUCUGCAGUUUGACAAGUCCCUCGCGGACACGCUGGUGAAGCAUGUAAAGACAAAGACGACUCUAAAGGGUCACCUGCACACAUACCGCCUUUGUGACGACGUGUGGACAUUUGUCGUCACGAAUGCCUCGUUCAAAAUGGAGUCCAACGAGCUCAUUACGGCAGGCAAGGUCAAGAUUGUUGCAUGCAAAAACGGGGAUGCUAUCGAGGCUGGGAAGAAGUAA